AUGACAUACGUUUGUGAACUACCUCCGACUGUACAUGAUAGUACAUGUGAUUUCAACUACAAUAGUCACUGCUACUCUCCGUUUCCCUACAGAAAAUAUGUGACUGAUGCUCAGAACUUUUGUGUCUCAAGAUGCUCGAAUCUCGUCUCAAUUCAUUCAGCAAAUGAGAAUAGAUUCAUUCAAUCAAUGUACCCGGAUGUGCCGUAUAUGUAUACUAUGAUCGGAGCUCUGGCCACAUCACUGGACUACAUAAUAUGGAUAGAUGGAUCAGAAUCUGACUAUAAUAACAUGAGACAGACAACUGAAUCUCCACGUGGAUCAUGUGUCGCUAUGGCAACAGGGUCUGUGGAUACCGGCUAUUGGUUUGUAUUCCCUGCAAUCCCAUCUACUGUAUCAACUCUAAAACAGUUUCCAACUUCGUUGAACUUAUCCUCGUCUGCCGUUUACUCUACAACACCCGAUCCUCGAGUUCCAAUUUGUACUAACAAUUUCACAAUGGUCGAUGGAAAAUGUUGGAAAUUAUUCAAUCACGGAGAAAUUCGAUCAGAUGCAGAUAAGAUUUGUAAGACAUAUAGCGGAUCUACACUUGUUUCUAUCAAAAAUUAUGAUGAGAACAAAUUAUUGAUUGAUUUUGUGAAAGACUCGCAUAUAGACACUCUAUGGACUGGAUUAUUCUGUAAUAAUGGAACAAAUUCGAAGUCUUGUUUUUGGGAUGUUCAAGCAGGCUCUGCUGGGCAGUACAGUAAUUUCGGAACGGGAUAUCCAAAUCCUAAUUACGGUGGAUGUGUAUAUUUCACAGCGUCUGGAAAUACAACUGGUCAAUGGGGAAGUGCUCAAUGUAGUCAGAAUAUGCCGUUUGUCUGUGAACUGCCUCCGACAAUAAUCGAAUCUGGCUGUAAAUAUAUCUACAAUAAUAACUGUUACAUACGAACUGACUAUGGAUACACUACUACUCAAGCUCAACGGUAUUGUGUUUCUAAUUGUGCCAAUCUCGUAUCAAUUCAUUCUGGAAAUGAGAAUAGAUUUAUUCAAGCAAUGUACGAUAUGUCGUAUGCAUAUAUUCUGAUUGGCGGCCUUGCUCCAUCCAGAGAUUAUUUAAUCUGGUUAGAUGGAUCACCCACAGAUUAUAAUAAUUUAAAUGUGAUUAAUCCUGGAGUGUGUGUUUUAAUGUCAUUAAGUAACGGAUCUCCCGCAACAUGGUAUACUAAAGAGUGUGGAUAUCCGUCUUGGUUUUUAUGUAAACGACCGGUUGGAGCCAAGUGUUGA